GUUCCGUGACUUCCGGGCUGGCAGCACUGGCCCCGGUGAUGCUCAGAUUUGCAGUUUCACUCAAAUUUUUGGCUCGUCCGAUUUACAGAUACAGCUGCGGGUGUGAUUUAUACGCAGACACGCAGCGAGUGAAGACCAUGUCCGUGUAAAGCCGGAUCGUCGGUUACGAGGAUCAAUAGGCCCCACGGCGGCUCAGACGUGGCGGCUGAGAAAAGAGGUCUGGCCGGCUUGCUGCACAAAAGAACCCCCGCCUGCAGCCUUCACUCUCAGCAGCAAGUCAUUACCAUACGGAGCAGAGACGAGUGCAUCAUCACUGUGCUUCUGGUUUGAUUCACCUACAGCGAGGACUUCAUCCGUAAAAGAUGAAAUUAAAGGAGGACAUGAACCCCCUGCUACUGCAGGUGUUCCGCUCGGUUGUCUGGGUCUACUCCGUCAUCACCUUUAUACCCUGGUACUUCUUUUCCGGAGCUGGCAGCAGUUUGGAACAGGCUCGCCGGAUGAAGGCGCGCUCCGUCAGCAGACACCCAGCAGGGCCUUACAGGGCCAUCAACAGCCAAGAGAAGUUGGUGGCGUGGAUGCACCCUGCGGUGGACACCCUGGACAAAAUGUUUGAGGACGCUGCCAGGAGGUUUCCACAGAGAGACUGUCUGGGGACGAGGGAGGUGCUCAGUGAGGAGGACGAGCUCCAGCCUAACGGAAAAGUCUUCAAGAAGGUAAUUCUGGGAAACUACAACUGGCUGUCGUACGAGGAAACGUACCAGGCGGCAAAGUGUUUCGGCAGUGGCCUCGCGAGUCUCGGCCAGAGGCCUCAGUGUAACAUCGCCAUCUUCUGUGAGACAAGAGCAGAGUGGGUCGUGGCGGCACAAGCCUGCUUCAUGUACAACUUCCCACUUGUGACGCUGUACGCGACUCUUGGACCCACGUCAAUUGCCCACGGCCUGAACGAGGCAGAAGUCACACACAUCAUCACAAGCAAAGACCUGCUUCACAGCCGGCUGAAGGCCAUACUGUGUGACGUGCCGAGGCUGCGAUAUAUCAUUGUAGUCGACAGUAAACCCAUAAGCUGGCCAGACGUCCCCAGAGGCAUCAAUGUCUACAGCAUGGACGCUGUGAAGGAGAUGGGAUCCAAGCCUGAAAACAUAGCAGUUGAGCGCCGACAGCCACAGUCCUCGGACAUGGCAGUCAUCAUGUACACCAGCGGCUCCACAGGCAUCCCCAAGGGUGUCAUGAUCUCCCAUGGCAACAUCAUUGCUGGCAUUACUGGCAUGGCGGAGAGAAUCCCCGAACUCAAUGAGACGGACACCUACAUUGGCUACCUGCCGUUGGCCCACGUUUUAGAGCUCAGCGCCGAACUGGUGUGCAUCUCUCACGGCUGUCGCAUCGGUUACUCCUCCCCACAGACUCUGGCCGACCAGUCCACCAAGAUAAAGAAGGGCAGUAAAGGGGAUACCAGUGUGCUGAAACCUACUCUCAUGGCUGCUGUACCAGAGAUCAUGGAUCGGAUCUACAAGAAUGUGAUGACCAAAGUGGAGGAGAUGAGCAAGUUCCAGAAGACGCUCUUUGUGCUGGCGUACAACUACAAGAUGGAGCAGAUCUCAAAGGGCUACAGCACGCCGCUUUGUGACAGGCUGGUGUUCAAACGGGUGCGCGCGCUCCUGGGAGGGAACACGCGUGUGCUGCUGUCUGGCGGGGCUCCACUCUCUGCUGCCACGCAGCGUUUCAUGAACAUCUGUCUGUGCUGCCCCGUGGGGCAGGGCUAUGGCCUGACGGAGACCUGCGGAGCUGGCACCAUCAGCGAGGUUUGGGACUACAGCACAGGACGGGUUGGAGCACCUCUGGUUUGUUCCGAGGUCACACUGAAGGACUGGGAGGAGGGUGGUUACUACAGCAGAGACAAGCCCAACCCGCGGGGAGAGAUUCUGAUCGGCGGGCCCAAUGUAACGAUGGGCUACUACAAAAGUGAGGCCAAGAACCGCGAUGACUUUUUUGUGGACGAGAACGGCCAGAGGUGGUUCUGCACCGGAGACAUUGGAGAGAUUCACGCCGACGGAUGCCUCAAGAUCAUCGAUCGCAAGAAGGACCUGGUAAAAUUGCAGGCAGGCGAGUACGUCUCUCUAGGAAAAGUGGAGGCUGUGUUGAAGAACUGCCCUUUCAUUGACAACAUCUGUGCCUAUGCCAACAGUGACCAGUCGUAUGUGAUCAGCUUUGUGGUGCCUAACUACAAGCAGCUAACUGCGCUGGCGGAGCAGAUGCAGGUGAGGGGCACAUGGGAGGAGAUCUGCAACAAUUCCCAGAUGGAGAAAGAGGUUCUUCGCAUCAUCACUGAGGCUGCUAUCUCGGCCAAACUGGAGCGAUUCGAGAUCCCCAAGAAGAUCCGUCUGAGUUCUGAGGCUUGGACACCAGAGACCGGCCUGGUCACCGACGCAUUCAAACUGAAACGCAAGGAGCUCAAGACACACUACCAGGAAGACAUUGAGAGGAUGUACGGUGGAAAAUAACACAGCCCGAAAAUAACACAUACACAUUUGUACCUGCGCACACACACACACACACACACACAAACACACACAAACACAAACAAGGUUUUCAAAACACACUACCAGGAAGACAUUGAGAGGAUGUACCGAAAAUAACACAGUCCAAACAAGACAUAAACACUCUCACAACUUGGAGAGGAGCUAUACAUUAGAUACAGGUAACACACACACACACACACACUCAAAAAGCGUCUCAUACACGUCCUCCUCGGCUUCCCUGCGACCGGCUUUGAUCAAAGGUUUGGAGUCAGCUCUUCAAUCCAACUUGAAGCUCUCUGUACAGACCAGCAGCCAGAACGUCCCUCACAGACAGUCAAACCAGCCAGACGCACACGACGCAGCGCACUAAACCGCUCCCUCUCUGAUGGAUUCUUUUUUAUUUAUUUUUUUUUUUUAGCCCUUUUAGUUGCUAUGACAACUGAGGCGUCACAUGAAGUCUGAUGUCUGCAUGACUCUGAGUGAAACAAAAGUCAGGCCAGACAAAUCUGGAUCGAUGUCAGCGCCCCCACCCCCUUUUCCUCUGUUGCCCCCCUUUUUUUCUUCUUUUUUUUUCUGGAGGCCCCCAUCAGUUCAGUGUGGUUGUGGACUUGCAGUGCAGAUACCUGGCAGGAAAAAAUGUGUAGAGGGAUUCCUCCUGGGCUUUAAAUAAUAUUCAGGUUGGAAUCUAUGCAGGGAUCUCUAUUCUUUUUUUAUUUUAAUUCAUUUUUUUAAUAUGUCUUCACGUAUAUGUUUCCCUCAUGUUUGGUUUCCAGUUGUGAAACCCAUUGGAUGAGUAUUUUUUUGUACGUGAGGAAUCUGUUGUAAAGCCAUGAGAGAUUGUUUUUAAAUACUUUUUUCUUACUGUUAUUUUAUUGGUGUAUUAUUCUGAGGUUUUUUUUUGUAAAUUGCCAUUUUGUUCAUGCUAAUUGUACUUUUAUUAACCUUUUGUUUUACAAUUUUUUUUUUUACUUGUGUCCCAAAGUUUGUACCAUUGAGUGUGUGUUUACUGACUUGUCUUCAGUCCCUCCGGACCCCCCCCCCCACAGUUUGCCUCCCAACCUGUGUCUUAUUGGCUCUCUUGUUGGCACCAUUGAUGAACCUUAGCUCUACCACAUCCUCCUCCAGUCAUGACCCAUGCACCGUGUGGAUGUCUCCAAGGGAACUUUGCCCGCCAUAGAAAAAUAUUUACCCCAGUUAGCAUUUCCCCAGGCUUCCUUCUUGGUGCAACUGUACACGUUCUCCUUUUUUUUUGCCAUAGGUCUAGUUACUGUUACUUUAAUCUUCUUUUUCUUUUGAUAUACAAAAUGAAUGUGCAAUAUGUAUACACAAAAUGUAAAAUGUGUAGGAAGAAUAGAAACGCACACACAGCAGCCCCCUCCAUAGUUUGUGAAUGUGUGGACCUGUUCCUCUCCACCUCAGUGCAUAACUGAACGUCUGUCAGAGCCUGAGCCUAUAGGAAUAAAGGAGAGGACGGUAGAGAGACAUUGACAAGGAAGUCCAGAUGUAGCCCGUUUAACCGUACCAUGCUGAACGACGUGAUGGUCUUUUAAUGGAACUGUAAAGUGACAUUUUAAUAGUUGGCAUUGUAGAAAAUUGCACGCGGAAAAGUGUGCCACUGUACCAAAGCACCUAAAUAUAUAUUUGAGGGAGAGAGAAGAGUCGCAGCACAAGAAAUUCCUCAUGAAUUCACUCUGAUUGAUUGAUUGUUAGCAGGCGCUGACUCGACCUCACAGAGUGCAUCCAACAUCGUCUCCAUCCCCAAAUUGGUUUAUGUGUAUGAUACCGUUAUGUGCAAGGUAUAUAAAGAAGCUCUUGGAUUCUGUUAACUGCCAUUUAUUUGAAUUAUAACAUUAAUUACUGUAGGCUAUCAGAUUGGCAUAGCGAUGCUUUACGAGCGGCACCAAUACCAGAAACACUCCUGCUUCACCAUUUCUUUUUUACUGUGGGUUCAGACUAAUAGCCAGUGUUUGGUCAGUUGUCCCUUUUGUGAGGGGGCAACAUCUGUCUUUCAGCCGCCGUGAACGCAAACCAUGCUUUGCUUGUACGGAGGACACAAACAUUAACAAAGGUAUAGUUGGGUAUUUGAACAACCACUCUUCAUCAGAUGUCUGCCAGCUUAAUGCAGACGUUAUUUCAGCAUGUAGAAAGUUGACAAUACUAUCAUCAAACUGUUUAAAUAACAUUUCCUCUGACAUUUCAGUGAAAAGUCAGAUGACUGUCCCCCCCCCCCUCGCCUGGCUGGAGGCGGCUGGUUGCCUUCUGACACACGUGAGCUAUCUUCAGGUGUUUUAAGAAUGUGAAGCGCUCCCUGUGUUCUGUGGAUAGCACACAAACACACACGCUGUGUCCAACUAUCUUCAUCCAUUUGAACUAACUGCAAAGCAAAGAUGAAUUCCCCCCCCCCCUGUUGUUUUUACUUGCAAUGUAAAUAUGUGAAGAGGGGAGGGGGGGGGGGAUCAAUGAUCAAACUUGCAUUCAAAUACCAAUAACUACAGGUGUAAAGGCUCCUGUAAACACGUUUAAUUACCUUUGUUACUGACCGGAGUUUGGAGUCUCCUCCUCGUGUCGUGCGGUGAAGUGGCCCAAGCGAGUUGGCUAUUGCAAGUGUCUCCUUCCUUAUUUAUUUGUGAUUUGGCCUUGAACAUUAUGAAAUGAAAUAAACAAAAUGUUUGUGUUGUA